UCAAAUAUAGUUAAAAUUUACAUUUUGAAUGAUUAUUAGAUAAUUACAGCAACAGAAACACAUCUCUCAAAAUACGAUCAAAUCGACUUAUUCAAAAUGACUGGAAACGAAGACACGUCAACACCUAUUACAAUCUCUUCUAUAGAAGAUGUAACGAAAUUUCUCAAAUCUAUUACUAAUUCUCAUGGCAAUACUAAUCUAAAAACGCAUAAAAGCAAUCUCACCAAAUCGCUAGCAAUCAUCGAAGACCUAGCUCUCGGCAUACCAAUCCGUAAUAAUGAAUCGAAGCUUUUGGAAGAGAUAGCCAAACUAAAAUCUGAGCUAGCAUCGAAAGAUAAUGAAAUCCUUAACAUCAAAAAUGAACUAAUUACGAUCAAAGCUGAGAGUUAUGAUAAAAUAGUGAAGCAUAGCUACGCCGCUAUUACCAAUAAACAACAAACAUCGACUCCAAAAAGUUCAAUACCUUCAAAACAAGUAACCUCAAACCACUUUGUGAUUAUUUCUCCAAAGGAUGACAAUACUACGAAAGAUUCAAAUCAAUUAAUAUCGAUGACUAAGGACAAAAUCAGCAAUAAAAAGAGCCUAGAAAACGGCCUACGAAUCAAGAAAUUCCAGCCAUUAAGAGGCAAAAAAUGUUUGAUAAAAUGUGACUCAGCAAACGACAUCGACAAAAUCUGCUCACUCCUGGAUAAUGAUGACAAAUUAACAGUGAAAAAGCCUACAAAAAAGAAUCCUCGUGUCAUGAUAAUGGGCAUUUCAAAAGACAUUCCCAAAGAUGAACUGGUAAACUACAUAGUCUCACAAAACCCGAUAAUCGAUAACCACCUCAAAUCCAAUAAAGAUGAUUCCUUAAAAGUGAUCUUUGAUAAAUCCGAUCGUGUUGGUCCAUCAUCUGCAUUCAAGAACCAUACACGUAUGGAGACAAAAUCUGCGGCAUGA